AUGGCCAGUAUGCGGGUCGUUUGUUUGUUGCUGCUGGUGGUUGGAGCUACAUCCGGCACAACGGUUGUUUGUCCGAAAAUUCAAAAAGCAUUCGGCAAGCUUAUUUCAGCCGAUUUUAGUGCCGCGAUGUUUAACAGUGGAUGUAACUUGAUCCUAAAUGGUACUCAACAAGGAACUUCUUUCAGCAAGCUUGCAACUAGUAUGUAUUAUUUAUUGGAAGUUACCGAUACAUAAUGUUUAUUCGGUUAAUUUAAUUACUUAUUUUUGACUUAAGUGAUGAUUCUUAUUUUCUAGGCUUUGCUGACUCUUUGGAAUCGCAAGUAUUGUCACUUACCGCGUUUUACGGACCCGCUAUGAAGCUUUACGCCGGGUUAUCAGACUGGGAGGAUGUACUAGACAAAGCUGUAGCCCAAAUUAAAAAAGUUUGCAAACCAUACUACAACAACAAAUUAUUGAAGAACAAGCCUGCUACUAUGGCUGCCAUGGAUAAAAAAAUUGCCAAAUGGAUUGUAAAAAAAGUUGUUCGCGGUGCAAUGCUGGAUAUUAAGGGAGCUAUCCAAUCGUCCGACUGGAAACUGAUCCUUACCGACCUGUGGACCCCAAUCAGAUUUGAUGCCAACGGCUUCACUAAACCUUGA